AUGGCUCAGACUAGUGGCAAAGCUUUGGGGCAGUGGCUGGUGGUAGCACUGCUCAUUGCCUUGUUGAGUGGUGCCCAAGCUGUUGUGAUAUGUAACGUGGAAACAUCCAGGCUGAACUUGUGCCGUGCAGCAAGUACUGGGAGGCACCCGCCACCCCCCUCGAGGAGAUGUUGUGCGGUCAUUAGGCGAGCCAAUCUGCCUUGUCUAUGUCGUUAUAAGUCUCUAUUACCUGCAGCUGGAAUCAACCCCAGAAAUGCAUUGGCCUUGCCUGGUAAAUGUGGUCUGAGAACACCUCGUCGAUGUUGA